UUGUUUAUAUGCUCACAUGAGAAUAAGAGAGAAUAUUCAAGAAGAAGCACAUAACAGCUGUAUUUUCAUGUUUUUCUUUAUGCUUUUACUCGAAAUUUCCAAACUCCGGAAUGGUUUCAACUCGUGGCCCUAGAUCUCGAUAUUUUGAAAAAGGAGAAAAAGUUUUGUGUUAUGAACCAGACGCUUCAAAAGCGAAAGUGUUGUAUGAUUCCAAGAUUUUAGGAACAUACGAGACCAAAGAUAAGAGAGGGCGUAAGCAUAUUCAAUACAAAGUGCAUUUUCAAGGCUGGAGUAGUUCCUGGGAUCGCAAGGUUAGUGCUGAUUAUGUCCUAAAGGAUACCGAAGAAAAUCGCCAGCUGCAAAGAGAUUUGGCUGAAAAGGCUCAGCUGCAGUUAGGCGCAUAUUUAUAUCGAAAGGAACACAAAAAUAAAAAGAGGUCUCGCAAAACGACAGCAAUUAACUCAGAAGACUCAGCUGAUGCUAGUACAUCGCCAAACAAACUUCGACCACGAGGUUUAUCCGAAGAUAAUUUUAGUUCUGGCAGUACGUUCGAGAAAAAUGAACGUUAUUCCAUGAAAGAUGAUGAAACAGACUCCUGUUGCAGUUCAAUCGAGAGUUUUCACGACGAGGAUCGUGUUAUGUUACGUAUUAGUGAACGUUUACGACAGUACUUGGAAUACGAUCAUGACAUGAUUGUGAAGUAUGGAAAACAACAUGCUUUGCCAUCACGAAAUCCAGCCAUCUCUAUAUUAGAGAAAUUUGUUAAGCAGACAGCUUUGAAAAUGGUGUUUGCAAACAACCAGCCGGAAGGUCCGCCUCGACGACGUGCUGCACAGCAACGAACCACAGAGAAAAAAGAAAAGGAUGUCGAAAAAAUCAUAUCAACGGUUGCUCUACUAAAGGAAGUUGCUGAUGGCUUACGGAUUUACUUCGAUUUCACCAUACAUGAGUAUUUGCUAUAUAAGGAGGAAAAGGAAUAUGCAUUGUCCUACUUGUCGGAAGAAAAUCUAAAUUCUUUCACAUAUGUACCGGCACCCGCAUUUUCCCUGGAUUGGUUUAAUAUCAAAAACGAGACAAACGAUAUGACAACAACUGCCGGUAGUAUAUCUGGCAACGUAAAUUCAUCUUCAAACUCAACAUUAGAAAAUCCCAUUGAAGCACAACAGAACUCAGCUAAUGCGGCUGACGCCCCGACCAAUCAGACUCCAGCCACAUCCCAAGAAGAACAGCCUCAACGCAGAAAAUUGAGAUCACAUCGUAGUGACGAAUGUGAUUUCACUCUGGAGAAUUGUUUAGCCAGCAUUGCGAGUACCAGCGCGGGAGCUCCUACACCAUUGAAUUGCAAUAUCCCGGCUUCUGGUUUAAAUCAUUUAAAGUCGUUGGCACCCAUUUCUCCGCAAAUACGUGAUUUCCUACAGAAUGUCUUAUCAUGGCGCAUAAUACCUUCAAAUGCACCGCCAGGACCCUCAAUGAUAUUUGGAGCACCACACUUAGCUCGACUUAUAGUUAAAUUGCCGGAAUUUUUGAAUGCAUCCACGAUGAGUGAUGAAAAAUUGAAAAUAAUACUACAACAUUUGGAUACAUUUGUUAACUAUUUGGAAUCUCAUAAGGAUUGGUUUAAUGAAGAAAACUAUGAAAGAAAAUAUGUGAACGUAACACAGGAACGAGAAUCGGAAGAAAAAAGCAAUAUCAAUGUUAAUGAGUCUUCAGCUCCGGCCAACACUGUUGCAAAAGAUCAAGACCAUGUUUUGCCACCCGCAAAAUCGCCAAAUGUAGAAGUUAUGGCGUCGUAGCAAUAAUUUCAUAAGAACUACUAUCUUUGUACAAGUUUUAUUGUAUGGGAAUUUAAUUUGUAAUAAGUUAAAUUAAGUUUUUUAGUAUUAAAUAUAUUCUUAUUUUUUUUUUAAAAAA